UUUAGAAUGUGACGUAUGUGGGGUAAAGAAGUGAUUGAGAACUGUGUAAGAAAGAUAUUCAUGAAAAAUGAAAAAAUUGUCCCUUAAAACCAGCAAUUUAAACAAAAAACUUCUAAUGCAAUUGUGGGGCAUGGAACAUAACUUUGUGGGGAAAUUCCAAAAUUACCUUGGCUUAUUAUUUUGAGAAAAAGCGAUUUACAGCUACAAUUCUUAUUGAAAAUUGAAUUUUGACAAGUAGAUUGUCAAUCAUUAGAUUUUCUUUUUCUUUUCUGAAAAAUCUUAAUAAUUAGUUGGAUAGGCCUCGAACGCCUAAUGAGAUCAUUAUUCAAGUGAUCAUUAACUCGAUAUGGAUCAUUUACUAAACCUUACAUGACUAAAUUAUUCAUCGCUUAAUUCGUAGACCAUCGUAAGCUAUUUUCAAUAAUAGAUAUAUGGUAGCUUCGGUUUGCCUUUUUUUUUUUUUUUUUUUUUUUUUAGGUGUGUCCCGCAGGGAGUGGACCCCGCAGACUAUUCACCACCCUCAACAAGUUGCUGGCAGCAAAGUUCGAACCAGGGACCUGAAGCCCCAUCUUCAGCACCCUCAACCACCAGACCAAGCCCCUGAGGGCCGCUUCGGUUUGCCUAAUAAUAAAUGAUGAAAAGGAAGAAAAGAUUUGAGACCAUGAGAAAGUUGUUGGAGAUUGAUGAAAUGCCAUGGGGCAUCCGAUUCAAGCCAAAGCAACAAGAAGAAAUUUGCUUGGAGGAACAAAGAUAUGAAGAAGAGCAACAGGCGCAUUCUCCUAGCUCAAAAUUCUCCGAGCACAAACUGUUUCAUCCAACCCUCAGGGUGGGUGCAAAGAAGCCCAGUCAAUCACGAAGCUGUAAACGAAGAAUGGUAGGGAUGCAUGAUCUUUGUGGUCAAAUUAAGGUUACAUCAUCAGUUAUGCAGCGAGCUGAAGCAGUCCAAGAAACUCUUGAUGCCAAGUUUCCUAGUUUUGUCAAGCCAAUGAUCCGAUCUAAUGUUAAAAAAGGUUUCUGGCUGUCUCUUCCAAGGCUAUUCUGCAAGCUUCAUUUGCCUGAUCAUGACACAACAAUUGUUUUGGAGGAUGAGAAUCGUAAAGAGUACAUCACGAAAUAUCUUGCUCAAAGAAGGGGCCUUAGUGCUGGAUGGAUGGGAUUUUCAAUUGCACACAAGUUAGUUGAGGGAGAUGUUCUGGUAUUUCAUAUGGUUAUUGCCAACAAACUAAAGGUAUACGUAAUAAGAUCCAGUCGUUUGGCCGAAGUUGAUGCAGCUCUUUGUCUUUUGCAAUUAGAGGGCCCUGCAACGGGAAACGAAUCUGGACAUAGAGGCGAUGAUUGCGGAGAUCCCCAACCUACUGGAGAAGAGAGUAAAAGUUGUUCACAACCAGAGUGCGAGAACAUUUCUGACAAGGAUAUGCUAGAUAACAAUUUGGGGCUGGUGACGGGUCGUCCUGAGAGCAUUGACGAGCACCUUCAGCUAGCUCUGGAAGGAAGAAGAGGCUCCUUUUCUGGUCUUCACUAUCGAGAUUGAAUUCAAAAUCCAAGCGGUGCAUUUACAUUGAAAAUAGAUCAUAAAGUUUGAUCGCUGAAACUUACAUCAUUGCCACAAUGCUGUUAAAGCUACCGAGCACAACGCCCAUCCAAGGGAUUUUGCAAUAUGGAGCAAACGCAUGACGUUGUAUGAGCAGAUGGGGUACCAUCUUGGUCACGUACUUUGCUGGACCAGCUUGGAUGCCUUGUUCUUGAAUCCAAAGUACCUUUUUACUGUUAGAGACAUAGAAGAAUAGCAAUCAUGCAAAAUCAAGGUAGAGAUGCUAACCUAGUUGAACUAAACAUGUUAGAGCUGAAGGAGGCAAUGGAGAGGUUGUAUGCUGAAAUUGAGGUUCCCAAGACAAAUAAAUAAUAGCUCAAGGAUUUCUAAGGAGCUGCCGCUGCACAGGAUGGUGUGAUGAUGACUGAUAGGCAGCUUAUAAGCUUUUGCUACUAUAACUUUUUUUUGUAAAAUAUAUAUAUUAUUUUACUAUUCUAGAUACAAAGUAACUCAAUACAAUCUUUAGCCUGGCAGGGCAAGGAUUUUAAUACACUUAUGAAAAUGGAGUGGACUGUAGACAUAAGAAGAAGAUAGUAUAAGAUAUUUUUGGGGUGUUUUUGAAAAACUGUACUCAGAAAAUUUCUACUGUAAAUGGGUCCAUAUGUAUUAAGUA